GGGGGAAGAGCUAAUUUUUUAAUUUUAUUUAUUUAUUUAUUUAUUUUUUAUAAGUGGUUCCUUCACAUCACGGCCUGAACUUCUAGGGUUUUGAGAACUACGGAAUCACUGCAAGAGCGUUCCGCGUCGAAAUGCUUGGCGGGCUGUACGGAGAUCUCCCUCCACCUUCUUCCUCCGAGGAGGAGAGAACCACCACCAGUUCAUCGAAUGUGUGGUCCAGCAGCGCCAAGAUGGCGCCUCCGACGUUGCGCAAGCCGUCGGCAGCUUUCGCUCCUCCGCAGACAGUUUUGAGGUCUCAACAGUCGCAAACCAAAACAAAAGCCCCAAAUUCGGCGAAGAAUUUGAGCUCACCGGCGUUGGCACCGUCGCCGGCGUUGGCCGAGGAUGGAGCGAGAAGCCCGGCGUUUCAGCCUGCGCUUGUUGGCGUUACCUCGACGGUAAUGGAGGAGUAUGACCCAGCGAGGCCCAAUGACUACGAAGAGUACAGGAGAGAGAGGAAGAGGAAGGCGAUGGAGGCAGAGAUGAAGAAGGAGUUGGAGAGGCGGCGGCAAGAGGAGGAGGAGAGAGAAAGGGAGAGGGAGAGGAGAGAGAGGGAGGCGGCAGACAGGGAGAGGGACUCGUCAUUGAACAUUUCAGGGGAGGAGGCAUGGAAAAGGCGUGCAGCAAUGAGUGGGGCGGUGCCGCGGUCACCAUCUCCGCCAUCAAAUGGGGAUGGGUUUAUUAUAGGGAAGUCAGAGACGGUUGGGUUGGGGGUUGGUGCUGGCGGCCAGAUGACGGCAGCACAAAGAAUGAUGGCAAAGAUGGGUUGGAAGGAGGGUCAGGGUCUUGGGAAGCAGGAGCAGGGGAUUACAACUCCAUUGAUGGCCAAAAAGACAGAUCGUAGAGCCGGGGUUAUUGUGAAUGCCAGUGAAUCUAAGUCGGAGAAGAAGGUGAAGAGUGUUAGCUUAAAUGGUCCUCCCACUCGGGUUCUGUUGCUUAGAAACAUGGUGGGCCCUGGUGAGGUGGAUGAUGAGCUAGAAGACGAGGUGGGAUCAGAGUGCACCAAGUAUGGGACUGUUACUCGGGUGCUCAUAUUUGAGAUAACAGAGCCAAAUUUCCCCACCGAGGAGGCAGUCAGGAUCUUUGUGCAGUUUGAGAGAUCAGAAGAGACAACAAAGGCAUUGAUUGAUCUAGAUGGCCGGUACUUUGGGGGUAGGGUGGUUCAUGCUUCGUUCUAUGACGAGGAGAGGUUUAGCAAGAAUGAAUUGGCUCCAAUGCCUGGAGAAAUCCCUGGUUUCACAUAAUACGGUGGGAUGAAAAAAUAAAAAAAAUCCCUCAUACAGGCAUAUUUAGAAAGUUUAGCUGUAUUUGGAUUUGAAUAUGGCUUCAUGCCUGUGGCGAGUCUAGCGGCACUGUAUGUGUAAGGCAGGGGCAAGCUUGUUUGUUUCUGGGCAUUUGGUCUAGUCAUAUGCUUUUAACAUCGAAAAACAGUGGGAAUUGGUACAAAGAUGUGAACACCCAGCUCUCUUAUGGGCUGAAAAUGUUCCAACUGUUAACCCAAUCAUUGUAUCUUUGUGGCGUGGUUUGGUAUUUCGGCUUCACGUAUUGUGGAGGUGGGCAGUGAUUUGGCCGGUGGAAGCUAGAUCAGUCAGGCCGUGUUUAGAGACCAAUGUAGGAAUCAUUUAUGGGGGUUUCUGCAAUAUUUUUUUUCUAGUUCUUUUUAGUUGGGGAACACAUGAUUUUUAGCGGCCUGCUUUGUUCUUUCAAAAGAUUGGUUGUAAAUUGCCUACUCUAGGCUCUUUUGCCUUUUAACUAACAAAAUUAUCUAUAAGAUUAUUAAGGGAUUUAGGCUUUA